UCUCUUCAAUGUUAUACAACAAAGUAAAUAACGAAACUGAAGAAACAAACCAAAUUUGAUACAGCAAAAUCUACAUACCAGAUUGACAUAGAGACAAAGAAGGAAGUCUAAAAAUUCUGAAAUUGGUAAAGUAAUUUUGAUUUUGGCGGGUUAAAGAGGCGGGAGCCAAAUCAUGAAGCAAGGGUUUAUCAAGUGUCAUCCUUAUCUACCAUCUACACCACAAAUUUCCUGUGUUUUCAUCUUCUACGAUCAGAGUUCAUUAGCUAUUCUUUCUCUCUUUCUCAUUCUCAUCAAACACACACAAUACCUCUAUCUUUCUUACUUAUUUAUGAUCUUCUUGUUUUAGCCAUAUAACUUGAUACAAUCUGAAAAUCUAAUUUUGUAACUCAUGAAUUUAUUAAUUUUCAUCUUUUAAUAUAAAAGGUUAGUUGUAAUUUACUAUUAUUGUUUUUAUGUUGUGAUUGUAUAUAAUGUCUUGCAAGUGUUUGUUUAAAUGCUUCAAUGGGAUUAUUAUACAGAACUUUCUUCCAGAUUGUUGUGGUAGUGGUGUUCUUGCAAUUAUGAAUUAGUGUUGUUUUCCUUUCACUUUUUUAUUUUUAUUUUUAUUUGUCUUGCUUUAAACUGAUAAGAGAACAGUAUACUCCAUUUUUCAUGAACAUUUUUUGUGAUGGUAAGAUUUUUGGGCUUGGGCUGUCGGCUUGUACAACUUUGUAUGUGGGUCCUUUGGAAAUCUAGGUUCAUUGAAUUGUAAUCUCAUGACAUUGUGCUGACCCAAGGGCAUGCUCGUUGUGUCUUUAGGCUUGAUGAGUGGGUUGUUUUCUGCUAUAAUAGGUUUGAAUGAACUGAAAUAAGCUGUGAAAUCCACUUUGCUGGACCAAACUGUAGGGAACAGAGAGAGAGAGAGAGAGAGCUUAGUUUCAGAUCACUACUUGUCCUAAAAGUUUAGCUCACGUGCAACCAUGUCUUACAGGUAGAGAUGCAAAUAUCCAUACAGAGAGGAAAGAAUGCAAAUGAAAGAAGAAAAAAAUGCAAAUGGGAACCAAAUGCAAAUAGAAAGACUUGAACCCAAGACCUCAACUAACCUAAGCUUUGAUUCCAUAUUAGAUCACCAUUUGUCACAAAAGUUAAGCUGUUAGGAAACGAGACCAAUAGUGUAUAUGAACCUUUCGAACUCUUAAAUCCCGCAUGAGUAAUAAUACACUGGUUUUUACUAAAAAUCGUUGAUUGAAGGAAAAACUAAUGUAAAUUAGUCGAGAUGGGGGCUGUUAUACAAUUGGAGUUAUUGGUGGAGAGUGGUAGUGUAGUGUGGUUGCAAAGAAGAAAAUUGAAUGUUAGAGCUACAUUUGGGCUUAAAAGAGAGGCUUGGAAGCUAGCUAGGGUGGGAAGUAAAUACAGAGAAGGAACUAAAGCCUUUAGGUAUGCUUAGGAGUAAAUAUAAAUGGUUUUAGCAUCUAGUUUUUGUGUAACUUUUGUUUUUUUUCCACUAACAUGCCUUAAUGGAGGAGAGGAGCUCUCUUUAUAUAAAAAAAGAGUAAAUCUGUGAAGUCAGAUGUCCAGAAUGCUUUAAAGGUGUAGAUGGACAGUGAAAACAGCAGAAAAGAUGGUUGCUAUGAGUGGAAAGAUGGAUUUUACCCCUUUUUUGCAGGUUUCAGUUGUGACAAUGACUACUGUAGACAACCCAUUUUGACCAGUCCUAGGACUUCGGCAUCCCCGGGUGUUUUCCAAUGAUGAAACAGUGACAUUUCUAAUACAAUGAUGCUCUUAAAACUUCAAUAGACUCUGAAUUAAUAUUAAAAAAUAAACCUGAGUUUUUAAAAUGUUUUCAACUUUAACAAAAAUAUUAUUUUCAAAAUUAAGUUAGAUGACCAUUCAUGCAUUUAACUAAUUUUUAAUUGCCAAUUUUUUUAUGAACAUUUGAAAUUAAGUAUUUUUCAAUAAAAGUGCAAUUUAAAAUUGAUUUAAUGCAUGAGAGUGGGCAAAAUAAGUCAAAAUAAUUUUUGUAGCUCCAAUAAAGUGGGGCCUGCACACUGCUAGUGUGUGGCUGCAAGUCGGGAUUGCAGCUAACCUGCAAAAAGUAUUCAAGACACUGUUCAUAAUGCUUAGAACAGCCACCUAAUAGCCUCUAAACACUUGUGUUUUCAUUCCCAAAAUUCUACCUUUUUACAAACUCUUAAACUCCUAUAAUUUUACUUUUUGCGGCCACAAAACCCCACUAAAUCCAGCUCUAUAAACCUGUGUUUGCUGCUACCAGUAUAUUUAUCCCGGCUCACUACUUCUAGGAAUGUACUCUCUACUCGUCCUACAUAACAAUGGUGUACGAACUGGCUUAGCAGUGUCAUCUUUUCCAUUAGGAGCAAAUACAUUAUAGAAUUCAUUUCUCUUAAAGGAACUUCUGUCCAGCUUAGUAGUAAUUUUGAUGAUUUUUCCAUUAGGUGGCCCUUAAGUUCCUAGCACUCAAAUGGAAUGUGGAGGGAACAAUGCAGUGCUUAUGAUGCCAUGAUGUGGUAGCUGACAUCCAUAUCCAUGAUGUGAAAUAGAGUUGAAGAUCAAAUUGUACUAACCUUAAGAUUAAGCUUAAUAUGUCCGAGGGUGAACUUGAUGCUAUUGUCGAAUCUUGGAAUCUGAAUAGCAGAUAGUAUACUUCGCCUAGGAAUUCUAGCUGUGAUCAGAGUUCUUAGUGGAGUUUAACUGAGCAAGGAAUGUUGACAUCAUUGAUCUAAGCUGAUAAAUAUAAAGCAUGUUUGUGAUACCUUCUUUCAAACUUUGAUAUUCCUCCGCCACCUUAUUGGCUAUCAAACUUACGUCCAAGACCUGACACACCUCAACAAAGGCCCCCAGAGUAGGGGAAAUGUUAUCCCCUAAAAACUAAUCUUAACCUAAGUUUUACACUAUUAGACAUGCCUAGAGAUGAAAAUGUUUUCAUGUAUCAUCAUGUUAUAAGCAUUCAAUCCAAUAGUGGACGAGAACUUGUUUUUCAUUGCUUAUGAACUUAGCCAAAAAGUGAGUUUUCAAUAAUAAAAAAAUUUAAACCAUAUCAUACAAAUGCAGGCAACAACCAUCUCUGAAUUUGCAUUGAUAAUAAUGUUAUUACAGAACUUAAGAAAUCAAUAGUGCAAACACAAUACUGCAAUAGUAAACUAAGUUAUUCCAACUUUGACUUGUGCCAUAAGCUGAAUGCAAUUAUCAAAUUCUGUGCUACCACAACUUAGAAUAUUUUGAUCCCUUAAUCAGAAAAAAGGUGGGAAGACUUUUGUUGGUGUUUUUUUUUAAACUUUUCCUGGGAUUGAAAAAAGGCCUAAAUUUUUUAUUUUAUUAUAUUUUGUUGUGAAGGGAGACAUGGACGACAACCUAGAUUUUGGAUGGUUUUGGCAAAUCAAAGCCUGCUUACUAUCAACUUUUCUAAAUAGAGUUUCCUUUUAAAAUCUUUACUAUAAUCAUGUUUUAUGAUUUCACUAAGUAUUAAAAAGUGGAAUAAAUUAAAGAGAGGUACAUAAGUGAAGUAUUGGGUAUUUGAUUAGACCAAGAAUUGAAUUUCAUUCAAGAUAGGUGCAUCUACCAGUGGACACAAUCAAAUUUAACAAAAAUGCAUCUAGCAAUGGAUGCAAUCAGAAUUCAGAAUACUUCACCGAAGGGAAGAGAAAAAAAAAACUAAAAAAACUAAAAAACUAAAUAAUAGAUAAUAAUAAAAACUAUAGCAACACUACAGUAGGUAAGGGUUAUUAGAGCAUGCAUAAUAAGAUAUAUCUUUGUAUUUAUCUCCCAGAUGCUGCUGAACUGAGGUUUAGAACCUUCUAAAAGAUACCAAGCAGAGAGAGAACUUUGGCUAUUGAAAAAAUAAAAUAAAUCACUGAAUGUUAUGUUUGCCAUACAUCUAGGUAUGUAACAGAGCAAAAUGAUUCAAGCAACGAGGCAUCCUCUAAAAAAGACAGCUAUAAAACACCUUCUAAGGUUCUACAUUACUUUCCUUUGAUACCAAGGCUACAAAGGUUAUUCAUGUCAUCCAAAACAGCAUCAUCUAUGAAGUGGCAUAAAGAAGGUCACACCAAUGAUGGUUGUAUGAGACAUCCUGCCGAUUCUCCAGCUUGGAUGACUUUUGACCACCUACAUCCUGAUUUCGCAGCAGAUUGUAGAAAUGUCAGACUUGGGUUGGCGUGUGAUGGUGUGAACCCUUUCAAAACAUUGAGUAGCACAUAUAGCACCUGGCCUGUAAUUCUUAUACCGUAUAAUUUGCCUCCAUGGAUGUGUAUGAAGCAGACCAAUUUUCUAUUAUCAUUGAUUAUCCCUGGUCGUAGUGCACCUGGAAAUAAUAUUGAUGUGUAUUUGGAACCUUUAAUAGAUGAAUUAAAGGAAUUAUGGGUGGAUGGAGUAGAGACAUAUGAUGCAUCAAUUAAACAAAAUUUCCAAUUGCGUGCAACAUUAAUGUGGACUAUCAGCGACUUCCCUGCUUAUGCUUAUUUGUCAGGGUGAAGUACUAAGGGGAAGUAUGCAUGCCCUUCAUGCCACAAAGACAUAUGCUUCCAGUGGUUGAAGCAUGCCCGAAAACAUUGUUACAUGGGUCAUCGUCGAUUCUUAGACAAACAUCAUGCAUUUCGAGAUGAUGAGCGAUCUUUUGAUGGUACUAAAGAAAAAAGAACUGGACCCAAUCCUUUAACUGGUUCUAUGGUAUUGGAUAUGUUACAUGGCUUCAAUAUCACUUAUAGAAAGAUGAGUACUAAUCCAGAAUUACCAUAUAAUUGGAAGAAAAGAAGCAUAUUCUCUGAAUUACCAUAUUGGAAGGAUAAUCUAGUGCGUCACAAUCUUGAUGUGAUGCACAUUGAGAAAAAUGUAUGUGAGAGCUUGCUUGGAACACUACUGAAUUUAGAGGGGAAAACAAAGGAUAAUCUAAAUGCACGUCUUGACUUGAAACUUCAAGGUAUAAGGCCUGAACUCUAUCCAAAAGAAAAUGCAGCAAAUAAAACCAUCUUGCCUCCUUCUUGUUUCUCAUUAAAGAAACAAGAAAAAGAUGUUUUUUGUAAAUUUUUGAAGACUGUUAAAGUUCUUGAUGGUUAUGCAACGAAUAUUUCACGAUGCAUCGACUUAAAGCAACGUAGAAUCUUUGGACUUAAAAGUCAUGAUUGCCAUAUUUUGAUGCAACAAUUACUCCCUUUAGCAAUUCGAGGAAUGUUGAGUUCACAUGUAACUUCACCUUUGAUUGAGUUGAGUAAUUUCUUUCGAGAGUUAUGUUCUAAAGUUGGUUUGGCUCAAGACUUUAUGCGUCUUGAAAGGCAAAUUCCGAUAACACUUUAUAAGUUUGAAAAAAUAUUUCCCCCUAACUUUUUUGACAUUAUGGUGCAUUUGGUGGUUCACUUAGCAUCUGAGGCUAGAUUAGCAGGACCUAUGCAUUAUCGUUGGAUGUAUUCUGUUGAGAGGUAAAGUUUAUAUUAAAUUACAUAUUUCUUUACCAUCGUUAUUAUAUUUUACUUUUGUUAUUAUCGAACAUCAUUCAAAAUUUUGUUUUUUGAACUUACCAAAACAUAGGUACUUGAGUAGAUUAAAGUCAUAUGUGCGAAAUAGAAGUCGACCGGAGGGUAGUAUGGCAAAAGGAUACCUUGCAAAUGAUGCUUGACAUUUUGCUCGAGGUAUAUGGAAGGUGUUAAGACACGAUUCAACCGGAUGUCUCGAAAUUAUGAUGAGAGGGGUAAUGGUACCGAAAGAUUAUCUAUUUUCUCAAUGCCUGGCCGACCAUUAGGUAAGGGCGUGAUAGACACAAUGGAUGAUGGCACAAAAGAAAAAGCACAUCGAUAUGUGCUAUUUAAUUGUGAGACAGUCAACAAAUUUAUUGAGCAACACCGUAGACUUGUUUCCAUACAAAAUCCACGUCUUCAUGAAAUGGUCAUUGAUCGCAUUCAUAGUGAAACAUUUCCAACAUGGUUUGAUAAACAUGUUGAGGAAUUGCAUAAUGCAGGGGAUAGUCAAAUAACUGAAGGGCUUAGAUGUUUGGCUCAUGGUCCAAAUAGAAUUUUCACAAAAUAUAAGCGAUACUUGAUAAAUGGUUUUAGGUUCCAUACUAAGGAGAUUGAGCAAAAGAGAAAAACUCAAAAUAGUGGGAUUAUUGUCACGGCAAAAACACGAAGCUUUGCAAGUGGUAGAGAUGGAAAUCCAGUCUCUGGAGAUGUUACAUUUUAUGGCGUGUUAACAGAUAUAAUUGAGUUAGAUUAUUUGUUUGGGAAGAGGGUCGUGUUAUUUAAAGGUGAAUGGGUGUCACAAUCAGGGAAAAGACAAGAUAAAGAUUGCACACUAGUCAAUUUUGCACGAUUAAUGAAAGAUGCUGAGCCUUUUGUGUUGGCUUCUCAAGCAGAACAGGCAAUGUAUGUAGAAGACCUGAAACACAAAGAUUGGCAAGUUGCUAUCAAGAUAAAUCCGAGAGAUUUUUAUGAUAUGAAUGCGGGGUCUUCUGUGGACAAUGUGGAGGCAUACUUGCAGAGUGUUGUAUGUAAUACACAAAGUGGUGAUGGGGACAUAAUUUGA